AUGCUACAGGCAAAAUUUCUAACCCAGGAUCAAAUUAACGAGUUCAAGGAAUGUUUUUCCCUGUACGACAAGAAACAAAAAGGAAAGAUAAAAGCCACUGACCUGCUGGCAGUGAUGAGGUGCCUGGGAGCCAGCCCGACGCCAGGAGAGGUGCAGAGACAUCUCCACCUGCACAAGAUCGACAGAAAUGCAGAGUUGGAUUUCUCCACUUUCCUGAAUAUAAUGUACAGGCAAAUGAAGCAAGAGGAACCUGAGAGGGAAAUCCUCACAGCCUUGUCCAUGAUGGACACGCAGAAAAAAGGAGUCAUCACCGUUUCAGAGCUGAGAGCCAAACUAACAAGACUAGGAGAAAAGCUUUCUGAGGAAGAAGAGUUCAAGGAAUGUUUUUCCCUGUACGACAAGAAACAAAAAGGAAAGAUAAAAGCCACUGACCUGCUGGCAGUGAUGAGGUGCCUGGGAGCCAGCCCGACGCCAGGAGAGGUGCAGAGACAUCUCCACCUGCACAAGAUCGACAGAAAUGCAGAGUUGGAUUUCUCCACUUUCCUGAAUAUAAUGUACAGGCAAAUGAAGCAAGAGGAACCUGAGAGGGAAAUCCUCACAGCCUUGUCCAUGAUGGACACGCAGAAAAAAGGAGUCAUCACCGUUUCAGAGCUGAGAGCCAAACUAACAAGACUAGGAGAAAAGCUUUCUGAGGAAGAAGUUGAUGAGCUGCUGAAAGAAGCCAAAGUUGGACCAAAUGGAACAAUAAAAUAUGAAGAAUUUGUCCACAUCAUUUGCCUUCCUAGAGUCGACUACUGA